AUGAAUAAAUUGACCCCGAACGCCCAUUUAUUGAAUCCAGUACCACAAUAUUUGGUGAGAGUGCUCCCGAGUCCCUCUCCGAAUGAUCCUGACAAGGUCCCCAACCCCCAGAGGGCGCUAGUCAUAGACUAUUUGUUUCAGAACUGUUAUACUGAUACGGCACAAGCGCUACUGAACGACAGUGGCGUCAGACAGCUAGACGCGGAUGGGGACGAAAUCAUGACCCCGCGGCCUUCCGACGCGCUGUCUCUUCCCCCGGAAGCCAUCCGAUCACUCGAGUUGCGCAGAGAAAUCCGCGGAAACAUUCUCGCAGGCCGUAUCGACCAAGCAACAGACAUGGUCAAUAAACACUUCCCAACAGUACUUUCUGCUCCUCCGUCUUCUCUUUAUGAUCCACAGGCCUCCUCAUCCAGCCAAUUCCUUUAUGCACGCUCCCUCGAACCGAUGCACAUCAACCUCAAUCUGCGCAUACAGGCCUUCAUCGAGGCAGUGCGCACUGUCCCCCUCAACUCCGACUCCCCGACACCUGCUCACGCCGACACAGACGCCCACAAGGUUCAACUCAUUCAAUCUGCUCGCAAACUAAACGUCCUCGUUCAGGCCCUGCCAGAUGCGGACGAUAGAAAGCGAUACUCGGACGAGCUGAAGCACGUCAUGAGUCUACUGGCGUAUACUGUGCCCGAGAACAGUCCUGUGGCGCGAUACAUGGGCCCCGAGAGGCGGGAGGCUGUUGCUGACCAGGUUAAUAGUGCUAUCCUCCAUCGAACGGGCUAUCAGUCUGUAUCAGGUAUCGAGCUCUCUGCUCGGUAUACUUCCGUCAUAUGGUCGUUCCUACAUGAGAUGGAAGUGAAGUCGCCAGCCGAGAGCAGUAGGCCUGCUGGUAUCCGCCUAAAUCCUACAACCGAGAGCCCCAGCCCUGCUUCGGCACUUUCGACUAAGACCACCGGCGCUGACAAAGACAACGAAAUUGUACCAUCGUUUAGUCUCCACCAGUUCCUGGCGAAUCCAUGACUUAUCAUUUGAUUCUCGCCAUGAACGGUCAGGAACGAGCGAUGCCUAAGUACGUAUGCCUUCUCCCUGUCCCCUGUACACGCAACGUUCGACUUGUUGGACGAAUGAGAGCCGC